AUCAUCACAAAUCAUUUGUGCUAGUGCCGUCGACUGGAGUAACACAUAAUAAUUGUAAUAUUUCAUUAAGUACACAUUAUAACCGACGUUUCGCUUCUUCAUCGCCGAGAAGUGUACACUGUUUAUUUAUUCAUCGCGAUCCCGAAAUCGUGGUACUCUUUUAAGUUAUUAUUACUUACACAGACACAUCAAUCGUCAUGUAUGCUCAAAAGGCAAUCGUCGCCGCUUUGCUCUUAGUUUCCAUUGCCUACGCUCAAUACAGCGCCCCAUCCGGCAACCAAGGAUACGGUGGUGUUGGUAUUGGAGCUAGCCCAUCCAACGAUUAUGGAAUUAAACGUCCAGGACCAGCAGCCGAUACCGGAUCGGAAGGAAGCUCUGAACCAGAGCCUUUCAACUUCGCUUAUGAAGUGAAAGAUGCUCCAACUUACACUGACUUCAAACACCAAGCCAAUAGCGACGGCAAGAGAGUAACUGGUGAAUACAGCGUUUUGUUACCAGACGGCCGCAACCAACGUGUAACCUAUGUUGCUGAUGAAAGUGGAUACAAUGCCCAAAUCACCUACGAAGGUGAAGCCAAGCCACAACCAUCUGGUCCAUCGGCUGGAAGAUAUCCAUCAGCUUCUGGUUCUCAAGGAUCAUACCCAUCCGGAUCAUACCCAUCAGGAUCAUACCCAUCAGGAUCAAGCCCAUCAGGAUCCCAAGGUUAUCCUACAACAGCUGGAUUCCCAUCAGCUAUAGGACCCCAAGGUUAUCCUUCUGCAUCUGGAUCCCAAGGUUACCCUUCUGCUUCUGGAUCUCAAGGUUACCCCUCAACAGCAGGAUAUCCUUCAGCUUCGGGCUCCCAAGGUUACCCCUCAACUGCAGGAUACCCUUCGGCCUCUGGUUCCCAAGGAGGUUACUCUUCACCAAUUCAAGGAGGUUAUGGUGGGCAAGGAAAUUAUCCAUCAGCAUCUGGUGUGAAAGGAAGUUAUUCAGCUCCAUCACAAAGCAGCUACUCAGCACCAUCUCCAAGCAGCUAUCCAUCUCCAUCUCAGAGCAGCUAUCCAACUCCAUCUCAAAAUGCUUACCCCUCACCUUCUGGCUAUCCAUCUUCAGUGAAACAAUCAUACGCCGCUCCUCAAGGAAACAAUGGUGGAUAUUAAUUAGUAUAUUAGACCAAUUGUCAGGCCUAAUACUUAAUUUGCCAUAAAUGACAAGAAAAAUACCAAUAAAAUCUAUUUGAAUACUGAUUAGAUUAUAUUUAAAAUCAUUGUAAAAAUUGUAUCUAAAAAUAAGUUCAAAUACUCUAUUAAGUAAAAUAAAGUUGUAAAUUAUUAACCGUGUCUGUCUGCACAAAAUAUUUUAAUUUGUGUAUAAAAUUUUUAUUACUUAAUAAAUAUUGUUUAAUUUUUUUUUAUAAAA